UUUAACGUGUGCCUCAUGCUGUGCACGCUGCCAGCCUUCUGGAGCGCGGUGUCGGUGACCAGCGCCGCGUCCUACAUCUUUACCAGGGCCCACUGCGAUAUGGAGCUCAAACUGUUGGACAUGGGCACGGUUAAUGCUAUUACGUAUGGAGGUAUGAUAGCAUCCGCGAUGCUGUGGGGCUUCCUCUCCGACACGCUGGGGAGACGGAAGAUUCUUGUGUGGGGCUUCUUCUGUUCUGGUCUCGUGGAGAUCACAGCAGCUAUGAGCCAGAACUUCACCAUGCUGCUGGUUACUCGCUUCGCGAGCGGUUUUCUGUUCAAUGGCCCGUUUGCAGUGCUGAUCUCCUAUCUAGCAGAGUUACAUCGCACGGAGCUGCGCGCGCGCGUGAUCCUGCUGUCCAGUCUCUUUUACACCAUCGCCAGCACCACGCUGCCGCUGCUGGCGUGGGCGAUACUCACGCAGGACUGGCACUUCAAACCCUUUGGGGGAAGUUUUGUGAUCCACGCCUGGAACCUGUUCCUCCUGGCUGCAGCAUUGGUUCCCCUUUUCACUGGAGUGGCAUUCUUCUUCUUACCAGAGAGCCCCAAGUUUCUCAUGUCCAGGGGCAGGAAUGAUGAAGCACUGGACAUAUUUAAGAAGAUUUAUGUAUUGAACACGGGGAAAUCUGCUGAUAGCUAUCCUGUAAAAAAACUAGUCAAAGAGAAAAGUGAACAGCAAGCGAAGGGCUUCGCCGCCCUUAAAGCUGGCAGGGAUCAAAUAGCGCCCUUGUUUAAGGCCCCAUAUGUGGCCUACUUGUUGCUCAUCUGCGCUACUCACUGCGGAUACAUGUUUGGUUCCAACACACUGCGCCUCUGGUACCCGCAACUAGCGGCCAUGAUAGGAUCCGGGAGCACGGCGGGGCUCUGCGCGGCGCUGGUACCGGGCCCCGCGAGCCCCGGGAUCGCCGAGGGCCCCGUCGGCUGCGAGCCGCUGCAGACCGACAUGCUCACGUACCUGCAGAGCGCGGUGGUGGGCGCGGGCUCUGUGCUCACCUAUAGCAUUGGUGGCGUAUUGAUAAAUCGUUGCGGCAAGGUGGUAGUGGCGGGGUUGUGCGGGCUGGCGAGCGCGGCCGUGGUGGCGGGGAUGCCGUCGCUGGGCGCCGGCGCGGCGGCCGUCACGGCGCUGGUGGCGGCCGCGCUCGCGUUUACCUCUCUUGGCGGCGCCUCGCUCUCCAGCGUCACCGUCGACCUGUUCCCCACCUCACUGAGAGUAAUGGCGAUGGCUACAUUCCUCAUGUUUGGAAGAUUGGGCACCAUAACUGGUACAAUCACGUUUCCCGCGCUCAUAGACUACGGCUGCUUGCCACCGUUCUUCACUAUAGCUGCAGUUUUAACAGCUUGUGCGGUUGCAUGUUUCUUCAUACCAAAUACGACACUGAAGAAACUGGAAUAA